AAAUACUUACGGUUUAGUGAUUUUUCUUGAAGAUUUCUAGCUCUCUGAUCUACAGAGAAAGUAGAUGGUUCUACAGUUGAGCUAGAUCUACUGAUAAACCUAGAUGAUGGAGGAGGGAGUCCACUAUGCUACUGAGGAUGGGAAGAUGGACACUAUUAGAAGAAUUAGAAUAGAUAAUAUUGAAGAUAUAGAAGAAGAAGAGAUAGAGUGGGAGGAUAUAAAACCCUGGCCUAUAGAGCUGGAUACUAUCCUGGAGAGAUUAUACACAUUCAAGGAGAAACUAUACAACAAGCUGAAGAGAAGGACAGGGAAGGAGGAUAUCCAGGUUGGAGAGAGAGACCGGGUUGAACCAGGAGAAGAAUUGACAAGAGAGCUGGAGGACGCCUGGUUUAUGUUCACCAAGGGAGAAGACAAAAUUCCGUCCCGAGAAAUUGGUCACGUGUUACGAAUCCUUGGACAAAACCCAACCGAGGACGAAAUUGUAGAUAUGGUGAUGAAGGCUAACUGUGAGUGGGACGGAUUAAUGGGUAUAUCGGAGUUCCUAGAGGUCGGGACUGAAAUCCUUAAAUCCAGUUGCAACCAGAUGGACGACGUGAAGGCCGCGUUCCGUGUUUUCGAUCACAACAACGAUGGGAGCAUAAGCAAAGACGAGCUAAAAGAAGCAAUGGUCAACUUUGGAACAAGAUGCACAGACGAGGAGUUUGAUCUGAUGUUCCUUGAAGCGGACAGAAACAAUGAUGGAAAGAUAGAUUUUGAUGAAUUUGUUGCCAUGAUGCUCCCGGCAACUAUGAUGUCACCGGAGUCCCAGAUAAAUGCCGGCCCGGCUUAACUCAGAGCCAGAGCUCUUAUUCUAAAUUGAUCUAUCUCCUGUGUUCAAUAUUUUCUUUUCUGAUUCUAGAUUACAACAAUUGUCGCAUUGUCCUCGUUCGUUCUUUAUUGGCUUACUUCAAGUAUUUAAAACUCUCGAAGAAGUAUUGUAAAGAUUUCUAGAUAUGUCCAAAUAUAACGGCAUCAAACUUUAGUUCACCUACCCUCACUCCCUAGCACCCAAGAAUUGUCAGAAACAAUGUUGAACCGAUUGAAGUUGACAAAAACAGUUUAUCAAAAACUCGGUCAGAAUUGGUCGAGAACGCAGUGAUAUUGUACUAGGAAAACUUCUAGUAGACUGCAGUUGCAUGUUUAGAAGUUCUUGGUGCAUAGAUCCAUAACCUUUACCCACACCCUUUCCAACCUUCCUUCAGUAUUCUUAUGUAUGCCUAACUUUAAGGGAGUGUAUGAUUUGUCAUAAUUUUAAGAUAUGUACAUAAAUAGUAUAUUUAUUUAGUACGGGUUGUAGAAAACAAAGGAACUGAUCCUUUGUCACAAACUCUGAUUUUCUAAUCUCUAUACUUUUGCAAGUUUGCAACCCAAUGUUGCAGAUCUUAGAUAUUUAAAACUGUAAAUGCCGUUAUAUUAAAUAAUUCACCAUGAGGCUAUUAAUAGCAACUGAAUGAAAGAGAUUAAGCAAAUUCUUGAAAUCCCAUCUAAAAUCUGGAGACUAAAUAUCACAAGCUGAACCCAGCUCAAUAUAUUUUCUUAUUUCUGAUUCGAUGCUUAAAUUUGAUAACAAAUGUUUGCUUUCAUUAUCCGAAUAGUUUAAAUAUCCAAGAACCAUAAAAAUGGCGAGACAGACACUUCCUUUAACAUAAGUCUUUCCCACCUUUAAAUAUUUCACGAAGUUAAACAGUUGUUUAAAUUUACACUUGUUUGCUGAUAAACCCUGUGAUUUUGGUUUGUGAUAAUUCCUCUGUAAUUUAAAUAUUUUCAACCCAUCAAAUUAACCAUCACCUGAAAUAUAAUUUUUUUACGAA